AUGGCGAACAAGCUCUUCCUCGUCUCGGCAACUCUCGCCUUCUUUUUCCUUCUCACCAAUGCCUCGAUCUACCGAACAGUCGUGGAAGUCGAUGAAGAUGAUGCCACAAAUCCAGCCGGCCCAUUCAGGCUUCCAAGAUGUAGGAAGGAGUUUCAGCAAGCACAACGCCUAAGAGCUUGCCAACAAUGGCUCCACAGGCAAGCAAUGCAGUCCGGUAGUGGUCCUAGCUGGACUCUCGACGGUGAGUUUGAUUUCGAAGACGAAGACGACAUGGAGAACCCCCAGAGACCGCCACUACUCCAGCAGUGCUGCAAUGAGCUCCACCAGGAAGAGCCAAUUUGUGUUUGCCCAACCUUGAAAGGAGCAUCCAAAGCCGUUAAACAACAGGUUCGACAACAGGGACAAAUGCAGGGACAGCAGAUGCAACAUGUAAUUAGCCGUAUCUACCAGACCGCUACUCAUUUACCUAGAGUAUGCAGCAUCCCCCAAGUUAGCGUUUGCCCCUUCCAGAAGACCUACUACUAG